UUCAAGCAUCUCUCUAAUGAAUGCACAUCCCGUGACUCCAGCAAACGCGUUCCUCUCUACACCUACUACAUAUCUAAUGGCAGGUUCCCAAACGUGUAUCCAACGAGAACAAAGAAAUAUAAAGUUGCAGCAGUUCGGUUACGUAAUUCGAAGAAACAUUCUACUCGAACCCAACUAAUCGCAAGGUGGGUCCCGCCGAUACUGGAAACAGGCUUCAAAAGCGGUUUGUUCAUUGCAUACGCCCAGAGCAAUGCACAGGAAAAACCACUUUCGAUAACUCAGGCCAGAUUGCUGGUCCUCAACGUGUGCCGGACUGCAGUAACUUCAGUGGCGGACGGGGUAGCGAAAUCGGGCGGAGCUCGAAACGUUCGUGAAAGUUUCCUCCCGAACGUCAGCUGAUGGGUUGGAGUUGGCUUGACCCGCUCGCGAGCGUCUCACUAAGUCUGGCUCGCGACCAAGCUGUCGGUGCUCGGGGCGUGUGUGCAGAUCCCGGGCAUGGGGGACGUCACGCACCGGUCCCUCAUCAGACAGGCGUGUGCUGGGAGCCUGGAGACGUCGUUGCAGCUCCUCACCUUCACCGUCAACGCCUUCAGUGACGUCUCUGGUCGUUACAGGGCGGCCGUCCAGAGACACGCGGGGCUGAUGACGGAGCUGAUGGAGCCCGGCGUGUCGGACUUGUACAAGCAGCGACUGUGGGACGGCGUGAUGGACGCCCGCCUCGAGUCCCAGGAGCUGCGCACCUCGCUGCAGUAUCGCACGGGUUAUCCUGUGCUCUGCGAGCUGGGUCCCUCGGCCUCGACACAGGCAGGCUGCCGGUGCACAGGAGCUGGCCGGGCUGAUGGACCGCGUGACGCAGCUGGCCACCGCGUCCGCGGAGGUGUCCUUCCUGGCCGGGGCAGAGUUCCUCAGCUCCAGCAUGUGCGAGAGGAUCAGUUCCGUCGGCAGAGAGUUCCAGAAAGAGUGCGACAGCAACAAAGCGGCGGAAGACGACCUCCUGAAGGUGCAAGCAGAGUUUGUGAAACACAGUCCGGAACGGGCGGCCCAGACCGAGUCAUGAGGCGCGCGCGUGAGUGGAGAGCGUCGUGCAGGCUCGCCACUUAACAGCAAAACCAAGAGACGGGUGAUCAGAAAAAAAAAUUAUAAGAAUGUGUUUUAUUCACCAUCGUCCAUCGAACAAGUGCUAACCACUUCUGCGUGUGCCGGUAUGUCUCAAAUCUGUGUGCAAAGUUGCCGCUUGAUUAGCCUGCUGGGUGGCUGUCAGGUUAAGACUUCGACCUAAACUAUAACCCUUCCUUCACUUGUUAAGUGUUGUAACAUGGACACCUGAUGUAAAUAAAAGUUUGUAAAAUAAAUUUUUUUUGUAACAA